GUUGAGCUGCCUCCCCUCGAGGCCAUUUUGCUGCAUUUCAAUUCUGCGAAUUUGCUGACGCAGCAAAAGCCAGAAGCCGGAACAAACAACCAGGCCAAACAGAGGGGGCAGGAGAAGCGGCAGAGGACCAGACACCUCAACAAGUUCCGCAGGAUUCAAAACACUCAUUUAUUUACUGCGGACGAAUUGAGGGCUUUUGCCAACGGCACAAACCCCACAGCUUCCUAA